AUUGAGGCCCAGGUGGUCAAAGGCAGACGUCCUUUGAGAUCGGGUGUCUGCCCAACUUUCUGGACUCCAGAAACUGGUCACCUGGAGCUGGGACCUGAUCACAGCGCUCCUCCCAUCCCAAACCCACAACACCUGGGGGAAGCGGGGAGGAGGAGGAGGAAUCUGCGCCGGCCCUUAGGUCCUUUCUCUUCCUCCUCCUCCCAUCCACCGGAAUCGUCAGCAGCCCUGUGCUUCCCGGCCUCCUGAAUCCAGAAAACGGGGCGGGCUGCAGUUCUGGGGACCCUGAGGAUGAAAGGGAAGGGCGGCCCCGCUCAGAGACCGCCCUAGGGAACCCCACACACCUGGCCUAUCUUGGGCUGGCCCUGAGCGGUACCAGAAAGUUCUUCCAGAACUUAUGCCCCUCUACACUAUCCCCAAUUCCUCACCUUCCCCAGGCCUAGCGCCAUGGUACCUGAAGCUCCUGCCGGGUGUCCCCACAGACCCUUCCUGCCGAGGCAGAAGAGACCCAGUUGUCUCGCUGAACGAGUCCCCCACCCUCCUGGCACCUGCACCCCUGAGCAGGUGUGAGAAGGCUGAAGUCAGACAAUGUGAGCUUUGGGUUCUUUCUGGAGCUUGUCCUUUUCCAAGGCCUGCAGCAAAGGGGCAGGUGGUCUGGCCACAGCUCUGUCCUUGCCUGCUGGCCCUGCCUGUGCUAGUCCCUGCAUCCUGGCAAUUGCCACAGGAGGAUUAAAGACUCUCACACCCCCACAGUGGCUUUGAGCUCUGACUUAAUUCUUCCUUUUCAUCCUUUGCCAGAUUAAGAUCCAGAACAUCAACAGUGCCCUGCUUAGGCAGAAAAGCCUUUGGAGGGCCAGAAGCCUGAAGGCGAUUGUCCCUUCCUGCCACCUGGAACCAUUAGCUCCUCAUCAGAGUGCAUCCAGGGGAAAGCUGGUUUGCUGUGGUCUCUCAAAGUGACCUUGAGCAAGUCCCAGGGGGUUCUUCAGGUGGAGAAUCCUGGGGCUCUAAGGAACAGCUGCGUUAUUUCCACUUCCCCAAAUUCAGUUAGGGACCAGGUAGAAAUUCUGGCCCUAGACAGUGACCACCGCCCUCCCCAACUUCCCAUUUGUCUCUGCAGCAGCAGCAGUAACUACAACCUGAACUUUGAGCUGCACAGAGAAGAAGUCCCCUACAGAAUGUAUGAAUACCAGAGGAUCCCUCCACUCAUCAGCCAGAUGUCUUCCAAGAUGAGAAGGACCCACUUGGGCAUGGGAGUCAAGAACAGUUGCAGCCCCUACAAAGGUUCCAGGAAUAACCACCUGUCCCCCAGGCAGAUAAAGCUCAGGACUGAGGAGCUGCGCUCCAUCAGGGGGGAGCUGAGCCAGAUCAAAGCCCAAGUGGACAGCCUGUUGGAGAGUCUGGAACACAUGGACCAACAGAGGGACCAUCCUGCAGGGACAAAGGACAUUGAAGAGCACAGGAACCCUGGUAGUGAGGGGUCCUCAUGCAGAACUCCGGAGCCCCAGCAGGAGCCCAGGGACCAGAGGUUCCAUCUGGAGGCAGACAGCUCCGAGGGAAGCACAGACACCCAGCAGGCAAUGAAGAAUCAAGCACCCUACCAAGAGGGAAGCCAGUAGGUGGGAACCCUUCCAGGCUCAUCAGUUUCAUGCACCUUCUUGGGUGACUCCCUUCCUUGCCUGUUUUUCCGAAGGCCUCCUGGGUGCAUCCAGGCAACCUGAGGCACCCAUUCUGGGUAAUGGAAGAAGAGGAACAGGUCAGGCAGGCCAGCUGAGUCUCCCCAUAGUGGUGGGUUUAGCUUUGGAGAGGGUUUUCAGAUGAGCUCCUGGACAGCCCAGCUGCUGCUCACCAUUCUUAUGAAGGUGAGGCUGUCUGGGAGGAGGCAGUUGACAGGGUACUGUAUGGAGCAGCAUCAGGCCUCCCUGGAUGCAGAUAUGGCUCAGGUGCCACCUCCCCAUGAGCCACAAGUCGCAGUACUAUGGAACACAUGCAGCAGCCAGCCCAGCUUUCUCCAGCAAGUGUUGAAACACAUGUGUGCCUCCAGUCUGACACUAAGUUGUAAGACCCUGUGUGUGCCCCACCUAACCCCUUUUAGUUCCAGACUCCCCAUCUACUCUAUAAAGCCAUGCUUCAGAAUAGGGGUAUAAUUUUUGUGUCCAGCUUCAUAGUUUCUUGCUAGUAUGACACCACAUAUUUCAGGUUUGCCUCACAAAAUGUAUUACAUCAGA